AUGUUAUUAAUCUGAAAAAAAAAACAUUUUAGAUUAGUAAUGCUGACAUGGAAAUUAUAAGUGUGGAUGCCAGCUAUGGAGGAGCUACUCAUGACUCCUUCAUUUGGACAAAUCAUCCCCUAAGACAGCAUUUAGAACAGUUAAGCAGAAAUGAGUCCAUUAGAUUUUUUUUUUUUAAUAUUAUUAUUAACAUGCUCCUUUCAGGAUAUGCUCUUAGAAAGUAUAUAAUGACUCCCAUUACAAAUACUGUCCCAGGGUCACAAGAAGCACAUUACACCAGUGUACAUGUGAGGACAAGAAAUGUGAUUGAGAGGACAAUUGGACUCUUGAAAGCUAGAUUCCGUUGCCUGCUUGUACACACUGUACGUCAUUAUGCCCCAGAGGUGGCAGCAUCUAUAGUGAAUGCUUGUGUGGUAUUGCAUAAUAUGACGGUAAAGUCUAAAAUACCAGCACCAACACUCACUGAUGAAUAUGCUACAUCAGAGGGCACAAUGCAGCUCCAUCAUACUCACCAUGAUCUGUCUCAGUCUUCAAGUGCAGAAUUAAAUGAAGGUUUAGCUGCCAGGCGCGCCCUCGUUUCUCGCCUCUGGAGUUCUCGAGCUUCUACAAAUAAAAAAAAUAUAGAUUACUCUGAGAAGCACUAUAAUGUCUAAAGUGGUAGACAUUAGGCAUUAUAGUUCUUAGCAUUAUUUCGUUUAUAGACAGAACAAUAAUUUUAAAUGUAUUAUAUAAAUAGUUUAUUUCAUUACUUCUAAUUGCAUUUUUAAUAUAAUUAAUUAUAUUACUUUGAUAAAAAGUCUAUUAUUAUUCAUAGAAUUUUAGUUGAUAUAACAAAACAGAAAUAUUGUUUGAGUUUUUAUAUGUCUACUGUAUGUUCUCCAUAAAUUUGUAAUAAACACCAAAUAUUCUCUUAGAUAAAUAAAAUAUGUAAAAAAUAAUAUAUUUAAAAAAUAAUACAAUGAAAAUCCUGAAAUAAUGUUGUUGUUUUACCUGUUAA